GGGCCUGUUAGCCAGCAGCUUCACAGAGACACAUUAUCUGAAAGACGGCACUGAUGUGGUUCUCGCUCGCAAUUACACGGGUCACUGCUAUUACCACGGCAAUGUGCGAGGGUACCCCGACUCCUGGGUCAGCCUCAGUACCUGCUCUGGACUCAGAGGAAUUAUUGCAUUUGAAAACCAAAGCUACAUCCUGGAGCCAUUCGGGGGUGCUACAAGUGAACACAAGAUCUACCGAGCAAGGAAUUUGAAGAUAGCCCCAGGAUCUUGUGGCCACCACCCGAAUUCACCUUAAAUAUCUGAAAAAAAUAUUUUUGCUGUGUACAAGAGAGAGACUCUGAAGACAACGAAGUAUGUGGAGCUUGUUAUUGUGGCAGACAAUCGGGAGUUUCAGAGACAAGGCAAGGACGUGGAAAAAAUUAAGCAGAGGCUGAUCGAAAUUGCAAACUAUGUUGAUAAGUUCUAUAGGCCACUAAACAUUCGAGUAGCCCUGGUCGGAGUGGAAGUGUGGAACGACAUGGAUAAGUGCUCUAUUUCUCAAGACCCUUUCACCAGCCUCCAUGAGUUUCUGGACUGGAGAAAGCUCAAACUACUACCUCGUAAACCCCAUGACAACGCGCAGCUGAUAAGCGGGGUGUACUUCCAGGGGACUACCAUUGGCAUGGCGCCCAUCAUGAGCAUGUGCACCGCGGAGCAGUCUGGAGGAGUCGUCAUGGAUCACUCAGAAAACCCUCUGGGUGCAGCAGUCACGCUGGCUCACGAGCUGGGACACAAUUUCGGAAUGAACCACGACACCUUGGAGCGGGGCUGUAACUGCAAAGCGUCUACCGAUAAAGGGGGCUGCAUCAUGAACCCCUCCACUGG